AUGACCGAUACGCAUUCCUACAUACAGGAGAAGCGCCUCAACCGACAAGUCUCUCUCAAGCACCCUACGUGCGUGUCGCGUCUAUGCGGGUCAACCUGCUGUUUAGAAGCGGGCGAUGAAGUGUUGAUCGCGAGGAGGUUUUCGGGUCCCGUUCGAUUCGACGGUCUGUCGUUGGAGGUUGGCAAAGAGAAUCACUCUGUUGCCUUCCAAACCAAUUCGCCGGUCUCGAUCAUUGGUUUUGAGAUGUUCACCAGCCGCACUAGGAAGGUUCCCGUAGCGUUCACGUUUGUCGAAGGCGCGGGAAUUGUUGGUCGUGUUCUUUCUAAAGGAAAAACGUCGCUGGGUAGGAGUAAAUCCAAGUUGAAGCCGACGAAGAAUUUGGUUUUAAAGAAACCUAUCGCGAUCGCCGAGAAUACUUGGUACACAUUUAACGUCGAGUAUCUGACCAGAGUGAACGGUUCGUUACUGAGGUGGGCGAGUGGCCAUCUUGGCUGCAACAUUGACUCCUCGCAUAGUGCCAACAUGUUUGGCGGCUCAUUGCACGUCGCAUGA